AUGAGCGCCGCCGAUCUGUUGGAAAACGAGGCUCUGCUGGACGAUGAGGAAAACGAUGAAGACUAUGAUGAAGAAACCGGCGAAGUGAGCAGGACACAUGGCGAUCGGAAUGGCCACUACGACGACUCAAGUGAGGAGGAGGAAGACGAGGACGAGGAUGCUGCGCGCGCGGUUCGUGAGGGUUUCAUUGUUGACGAAGACGAAGAAGAGGAAGAACGGAUCGAAAGACGACGUGAGAAAAAGAAGCGGCGGCGUGAAGAGCGCGCCCUCGACGACGAAGACUUGGACGAGGAAGAUAUUUACCUAAUCGGCGAGAAUAACCCAGAUUUUGAACCUCCUGUGUCUCAAGAGUCAAAAUUUAAACGCUUGAAGCGGGGUCAUAAAGGUGACCGCGGCCGUGGUAUUUCCCAUGGGAUUAACGACAUCUUUAACUCGGACGAGGAAGAAGAGGAAGUUGACCGGUUCCGCAUGGGUGCUCGGGAUAGAAGAGGUCUCCAUGACGACUUAGACGACUUCAUCGAGGAAGACGUAUUUUCCGACGAAGAGCGAGAACGCAUGCGAGAUGACGAGGAAAUCGCCCGGCCGGCCAAGAAGGGCAUUUCUGGCCUUGCGGUCACCGAAGCAACAGGGCUUGACGAGGCCGCCCUCGAAGAUAUGCGGGCGGCUUUUGGCGACGGCACUGACUACCUAUUCGCACUCGAAAUGGAGGAAGAAGAGGACGAAGAGGAUCGCAGAGAUGAGGAGAAGCCACUCGAUCUAAAGGAUGUAUUUGAGCCGUCGCAGCUCGCCGAGAAGAUGAUGACUGAAGAAGACAACGAGAUUCGUUUCGCAGAUGAACCUGAACGUUACCAACUGGCCAGGAAGCCUUAUAAACAUGUUAUUCUCACCGACGAGCAAUUCAAGGAAGAAGCCCUUUGGAUUUCCAACCUUAUGCUCCCAAAAAAGCGACUGGACCCAAGCUUAAAGGAACCCUUCCAAAAAUCCAUCGUCAAGGUCCUCGAAUUCAUGGUAACUGAUGACUGGGAAGUGCCGUUCAUCUUUCAACACCGCAAGGAUUAUCUGAUCCACGCGGCAAAGGUUCCAGUUUCUCCUGAUCCCUCCAAUCCCGAUGGACAAGAUUAUGUUAUCAGAGCUGAAAAGCUGUUAAAUAUGACCGAUCUGUGGGAUAUCUUCGAGUAUGAUCUAAAGUUCCGAGCGCUCGUGGAUAAAAGAAAUGUCCUCCAGCGGACCUAUGACAAUCUACGUAGCAUCUCCAAUGUCAAAGACGAAGUGUUUGAACAGAUGCUACCCGCCGCCGUAACCAUGGAGGAACUGCAAGACAUCCAGGAUUACCUGUACUUCCAGUAUUCAGCAGAGCUCAAGGAUGUUGCAAUGGUCAAUGGCAGUGGAGAAAAUGGGGUUGUUAGUCAACGUCGAAAGGCCGCAACGAAAACGUUCUUCGAGCGUAUUCGCAAUAGCAAGGCCUACGGUCUUGUUCGCGCUUUUGGGAUUACUCCGAAUGGAUUCGCCCAAAAUGCUAUGAAGGAAGCUAAAAGACAUCAUAUUGACGACCCUACUGAACUCCCCGAGGACAUGGCAGACAAUCUCCUCGACACCAGUUUCGCAAACGGUUUGCAUGCGCUCAAAGCUUCCAAAGCAAUGUUCGCAGAGGAAUUGACUAUGAGUCCUAAAGUGCGGAAAUGCUUAAGACAAGCAUUCUAUAUGAAUGGAGUAAUCGACUGCUUUAGAACCGAGAAAGGUUUGAAAAAGAUAGACGAGCAUCAUCCUUACUAUGAGUUCAAAUAUCUUCGAAAUCAGCAACUCAGCGACAUUGCACGACGGCCAGAACUAUUUUUGCGCAUGCUCAAGGCGGAAGAAGAGGGCUUGGUUGAGGUCAAAGUUCGGUUCCAGAAUUUCGAUAACUAUAAAAAGCGUCUAUACGGUGAUAUCCAAUCCGACAAUUUUAGUGAGGUCGCUGAUGCCUGGAAUAAAGCGAGAAAAGAAGUUCUUGACAUGGCCAUUGGGAGGUUGGAAAAGAUUAUGAGCCGCGGUGUCAAGGAAAACAUCAAAACAGAAUGCGAAAAUCAUGUUGCGAAGGAAUGCAGAGAAGCCUUUUCCUUGCGCCUCGACCAAGCUCCGUACAAGCCCAAAGGCAUGGUACUGGGCACUAUUCCUCGUGUUCUCACUCUAUCAAGUGGUACUGGUACCAUUGGCAAAGACCCAAUAUACUGGGCGUGGGUUGAAGAGGAUGGCAGGGUUUUGGAAAAUGGCAAAUUCGUUGAUCUUGCUCUCGGUGAUCCAGAUCGAAUGAUUGCAGACGGCAGAGAUGUGGAUAAUUUCAUGGAGCUCAUCGAACGGCGCAAACCCGAUGUGAUCGGUAUUUCAGGAAUGUCCCCCGAGACACGCAAGCUUUACAAACAGUUGACAGAGCUUAUCGAUGCCAAAAAUCUUCGCAGUUCUCCUUAUACCAACGAUAACGAUGAAGAAGUCAGUGAUCUUCUUGAAGUUGUUAUUGUUAACGACGAGGUUGCGAGACUGUAUCAUACUAGCGAUAAGGCUAGGUCGGAACACCCUGGACUUAGCCAAUUAACGGUCUACUGCGUUUCUCUAGCGAAAUACCUUCAGAAUCCGAUGAAGGAAUAUGCAUCGCUUGGAAGGGAUAUAGUGUCUAUUCAAUUCAAACCAGGACAGCAAUUGAUAUCCCAGGACAAGCUCCUAAAACAGCUUGAAAGUGCCCUAGUUGAUAUGGUUAACUUGUGUGGUGUCGACAUCAAUGAAGCUGUGAAUGACCCUUCUACUGCAAAUCUUCUCACAUAUGUGUGUGGACUUGGCCCUCGAAAAGCUUCUCAACUGCUGAAGAUAAUCAACAUGAACGGCGGAGUGGUGAAUAACCGAAUGGAGCUUUUGGGCGUUAAUGCUCAAUAUCCUGCAAUGGGUGUGAAGGUGUGGAAUAAUUGUGCUAGUUUUCUUUACGUUGACUAUGACACAUCUGAUCCUGACACCGAUUACCUGGACAAUACCCGUGUUCACCCAGAAGAUUAUGACAUUGGUCGAAAAAUGGCUGCUGAUGCGCUUGAACUCGACGAAGAAGAUAUCAAAGCAGAGACGGAUGAGAACGGGCCUGGAGCUAUUGUCAGGAAACUCAUCAAGGAGGAUGCGCAAGAAAAGGUCAAUGAUCUUAUUUUGGAAGAGUAUGCCGAACAGUUGGAGAAGAAUUUAAACCAGAGAAAGCGAGCCACCCUUGAAACCAUCCGUGCUGAAUUGCAGCAACCAUAUGAGGAACUACGAAAACAAUUCGUGUUCUUGAGCACGGACGCCAUCUUCACCAUGCUCACGGGGGAGACUCCAGACACUUUGGCUGAAGGCAUGGUUGUCCCCAUCACAAUCAAGCGAAUCACUGAUGACCACAUCGACGGCAAACUCGACUGUGGUGUCGAUGUGCUCAUCCCCGAAAUGGAGCUUACAGACCGCUACGACAUCCCCGUUCGGACCUUGUAUUCCAUCCAUCAGACUAUCCCGGCCAAGCUUCUCUACCUCAACCGCAAAGCAUUUAUUGCCAACGCAUCUCUUCGUGAAGACCAGGUCAAUAAACCUUAUCGCCGGGAGUUUGACCACAUGCGCGACGAAUGGGAUGACAAUCAAGAGCGCCAAGAUCAAGACGCAAUGAAGGAGAAAGCCAAGACGAACACCCGUGCGCUCAGAGUCAUUAAACACCCUCUGUUCCGUCCCUUCAAUGGGCCACAGGCUGAAGAAUUCCUUGCUUCGCAGAGCCGUGGUGAUGCAGUUAUCAGACCAUCCUCCAAGGGGCCUGACCAUCUUGCUGUGACGUGGAAGGUAUCGGACCGGGUAUACCAACACAUUGACGUGCUGGAGCUUGACAAAGAGAAUGAGUUUUCAGUAGGCAAGAUUUUGAAAAUUGGCGGCAAAUAUUCAUACACCGAUCUUGACGAAUUGAUCGUGAACCACGUUAAAGCGAUGGCGCGAAAGGUCGAUGACAUGAUGAUCCAUGAGAAAUAUCAGUCCGGCUCCAAAGACGCAACAGCGCUGGCUUACAACCUACACCACCGCCAAUCCCACCCGUUCCACUUACGCCUUCUGCAUCGACCCCAAACACCCCGGCUACUUUCACCUCUGUUUCAAAGCAGGCCAGAAUGCGCCAAUGAACAGCUGGCCCGUGAAAGUUAUACCACAGGGGUACGAACUGCAGCGAAAUCCAUACCCAGACAUGACAGCGCUAUGUAA